AUGGUCUUGACCGAUGUUCUUAAACGAUGGCAAGUGAUUAAUGGCAAGGAAGCCUACCUAUGUACAGGAACAGACGAGCAUGGCAUGAAAAUCCAACAAGCAGCUUCAAGGGAGGGUAUUUUACCCAAAGAGUUGUGCGACAAUAACUCGGAGAAAUUCAGGAGUCUUGCUGAAGCUGCCAAUAUUGAUCACGACUUCUUUAUCCGAACUACUGAUCAAGACCAUAAAGAUGUUGUUCAGCAAUUCUGGCUUCUUCUCAAGGCUCGUGCUCCUGAAGGUUUGGGCUUGUACAAGGGAAAGCAUGAGGGCUGGUACUGUGUUAGUGAUGAAUGCUUCUACCCAGAGGAUCUGGUUGAACCUAGUGUUGUGCCGCAAACUGGUCGUAAGAUCAUGGCUAGCACUGAGACAGGAAACGAAGUCGAGUGGAUUUCUGAGCAGACGUGGUUCUUUCCUUUGUCCAAGUACAAAGACAAGCUACUCAAGUUCUACGACGAAAACCCCGAUUGGAUCCAACCAGCUCAUCGCAUGAACGAAGUACGACACUGGGUUGAGAACAAACUUGAGGAUCUUUCAGUUACUCGCCCAACAGCAAGAUUGAACUGGGGAAUCAGAGAUCCUGAAGAUCCAACCAGCACCAUCUACGUUUGGGUAGAUGCUCUCGUCAAUUACCUCACCAAAGCCGGAUAUGGCUCCAAGUGGCAGGUUGACGAUGCUGACAUGGGUCCUUGGCCAGCAGAUGUCCACGUCGUCGGCAAGGACAUUAUUCGAUUCCACGCAGUAUACUGGCCUGCUCUUCUCAUGGCUGCUGGUAUCCCUCUACCAAAGAAGAUUCUCUGCCACAACCAUUGGACCAUGUCCAAUCGCAAGAUGUCCAAGUCGCUCGGAAACGUCGUUAACCCCUUCUCCGCCGUGCAGAAGUGGGAUCUUGACCCUUUACGAUACUUUCUCAUGCGAAACGGCAGUCUAAAGGGUGACAUGAGCUAUUCAAACGAGUCUAUCAUGGCCAUCUACGAAAAAGAGCUUCAGGCUAAUAUUGGAAACUUGUUCAACCGCAUUUCUCGCAAUAAGAACUUUGCAUGGUCGACCAAGGGCUCUGUUGAAGCUGCUCGGGAUGGCAAAUUCGAAAACCUUGAGAGCACUGUGCUUCAAGGGACUGAACCCGAUUUUAUGAGUCUUGAAUCAACGUUGGAAAACGCACCAGAGACUAUCCGACGUGAUAUGGACGAGAUUAACUUGAGUAACGCGCUACGGGGUAUCUUUGAGCUUCUUAGAGAGGCGAACCGCCUCCUUUCUGACACCGAGCCUUGGAAGAUGGUCAAAGACACAGACCCUAAUGCUCGAACUCGUAUUGACUGGGUCAUCUUCCGAUGCGCUGAAGCUGUACGAAUUGCCGGCAUUCUUCUCCAGCCAAUUAUGCCUACCAAGGCUCAGAAGCUGCUAGACGGUCUAGGCGUCAAGGCAGAGCGACGCACCAUCGAAUUCGCCCGCAAGGACGCUGAUCUCGAAUAUGGCACACCAGCUCUACCAACAAAGGGCGCCAAACCCGAUGCUUUUGCGACUCUUUUCCCUCCUGUUGCAGCCGUUGAAGAACCUACCACUCCAAUCAAAGCACCAAAGAGCAAGACCAAGAAUCGGUUAGGGAAAGUGGCGAGCGCCUUGGCUCAAGAGGCCAAAGAUGGUAAACAAGAGGAUUCCGAAGAAAAGAAAUGA